ACUCUCUCCAAACGCAGGAGAUAUCUUUGUUGAUAUGAAAUGAACUAACAUUGAAGGCCUUUGUAUUUCGGUGAGACUGUAGAUGUCACGUGACGUCAACCAGGAAGCAAGACCGAGUUGUGUUGUCUCGAGGUGUUACACAAACAGACACAUCAUGGCAACUGAUAUUGACAAUUGGCAAAGUGGAAAGUCCUUGGCGGCAAGCAACCUGCACAUGUUGGACAGUUUGUUGUUGGCUGAUGUGACCUUCCUCGUUGGAGAUCAAAGGGAGGCAAUCCAGGCUCACAAAUUCAUUUUAGUCAGCCGUAGUUGCGUGUUUCACACGAUGUUCUGUGGAUCAAUCCCCGAGACGGGCCAAGUAGUGAUUCCUGAUAUUCAGACAGACAACUUCAAGACCUUUCUAAGGUACCUCUACACGGGGAAGGUCGCGUUAACUCCUAACACUGUCCAUGGUCUGAUGUACGCUGCUAGGAAAUACAACGUCCCAAGACUGGAAACGCAAUGUGAGAAGUUCUGCUUACAAUCUCUGUCGCCUAGCAACGCAUGUGUAUUCCUACAACAAGCGGUCCUGUUUGAUAAAGAAGACCUGAAGGACAGAGCUCUUCUGGUAAUUAAAUCCAGAGAGGAGGUGACUUUUGCUAGCGAGGGAUUCUGUGAGCUAAGCAAGGAAUGUCUAAAGCUGAUCCUGAAGGCAGAUGACAUGAGAGUUGACGAGAUUUGCAUCUUCCGAUCUGUGAUGUCGUGGGCGGAAGCUGAAUGUAGACGUCAGGGAAGGGAGGUAACUCCAGAUGAGAAAAGAGAAGUUCUGGGAGAAUGUUUGUUUCUCAUUCGUUUUCCAUCCAUUUCAAUGGCGCAAUUUGCCACAACUGUCUGCAAUGAAGGUAUUUUAAGUGAUGCCCAUGUCAUAAUGUUCUUACGAAAAUACUCUAUCAGCCAUCUGGAUAUACGGCCGUUCUGUGACAUAUCUCGGAAAUCUCCAGUCUAUAACUUGUCUCGCUUACCUCCUGACCAAGAGUACCACGAGACUCGUAACUGUGGUAUAUAUCGACGUGAUGCGUUGUAUAUAUCCUGUGAUGCCAGUUUUCACCUGACCGGGCUGAGGAUGUAUGCUGGGAAGCUGGCGAACAAGGUGUCUGUAGACAUAGUUGUUACUAACAGUGAUGACACAACCCUGCUGAAGCACCACCAGGACGUGGAUGUGACAGAGGGACAACUCUCAGAUGUGGUGAUGUUUCCUUCACCUCUGUCUGUUAGCAAAGGAAAGAAGAUAAAAAUCAAAGUCACCAGGCGCAGUUCAUUUUAUGUUUAUACAUGUGUAAUGAACAAUCAGCGAGUAAUGAGGCAUGAAGCAUCUGGUGUUGUGUGGACACUGGUGCACUGUGAGGGAAGUAAUUCUAAAAACAGCCUAGCCUAUGGAUUCCUUACUGGGAUUUUCUACGAAUGGUAGUGUGUUUACCUUUUACCCUGAUCCGUAUUAAUAAAUUCAGAUGACCCAGAGACAACUCUCCUUCCAACUCCUCCAUCUCUGUACGACAGUGGGGCGGUGGGGUAGCCUAGUGGUUAAUGCGUUCGCUCGUCACGCCGAAGACCCGGGUCCGAUUCCUCACAUGGGCACAAUGUGUGAAGUCCUGGUAAAUUCUGAUGUGCCCCUCCGCUACAUUGCUAAAAACGGAGUAAAACGAUACUCACUCACUGUACGACAGUAAUGUAUUCAGGAAAUGCCGCAUUUGAAGAAUAGACAUAUUUGAUGUUUGAUGAUUAGUUCUUUUUAACAUGUGGCACCUUGACGACUAUUAUAAGAAGUUCCGAGGCUACAUUACGACCGUACCAACUAGAAGAAACACCACGUUGCUAAGAUCUUUACAUUCUGUGUAUAAAGUCUUAUCAUUUUUACGUUUGUGACCGUGUUGUCCCAAGGAUAUAUUUUGCAACCAACUUUCUAUCAAUGCAGAAAAUUAAUCAACAAAGACAGUGUCGUUUGAGACCGAAGAUUUCCUUGAAUUUUGGAACUUUUUGACAGCCAACUGUGACGUCAUAGUUUCAGCGUCAUAGUGAGUGGUAGGCUUGAUGAUGAUUUUAUGGGUGCCCACGUCACGUUCUCUUCCUAAGUUGCUGAAGUUCAAUGCUUGUUUUACAUGCGAGUGUAGUAUUAUAAUGAAACAAAAAUUCAUUUCGGCUCCAAAUUUUAAAUGAACGCUAGUAUCAGUGUUUCCAUAAUUCAGAUCGGCAAUCCACUCAAACCAGUGUACCCACACCAUGGCGCUUCACCAAAGUUCUAUAUCCAACGACAGAUGAAUCAAUUCAGUACUUAAUGAGCCUUUUCGUUUAAUAAUAGUUUCAAAACUAUAUCAUCCACAACAUUACAUAUAUAUUGUCACGGUGCUUAGUAAACGAUUAGGUCGCCUACGAUAGAGCAACCGCUGACCCACAGAGGAGCCGACUCGAAUCUGUCAAAAACGGCCAAGAAUACAGGCUUGAUUUCCAGAUGCAUUUCAGCGUAUCCCACUUGCGUGGAUCGAUGCUCAUGACGUCAAUCACUGGAUUGUCUGGUCAAGACUCGAUUAUUUACAGACCGCCGUCAUAUAGCUGGCAUAUUGAUGAGUGCAGCAUAUGCAACAUAUACAUGAUUGCAUUUUGAGGCAUCUGUCUGGGAAAGAUCCAAACUAACUUAAAGAAGUUGGUUGAGAAAUAUUUGGCAUUCAUUGUUAAUAAUCCAUGACUGACUGCCAUCGUACAACAUUUGCAAAGGACCAUGCGAAUUGAUCAGAUUAUAUGCUAAGGCAAUAUGUUUGGCACAGGUUUGGUGUAUAAAAGUUUACAUUUUCAGUUCAUGUUCUUGCAUAUUUUAAGCCCCUGUAUGAGUCUGAUUCUCUCAUUUUAUUCACAAAAUAUGAAGGAUGAAUUUUUCUAAUGUUUUAGGUCGUCUUAGGUAAACUAGACUGGAAGUUGAGAUUCUUCUGAAUGCACAGUAUCCUUGAGCCCUGAAAUGAAUUGAGUUCUCAUUUUAAAAAUAAAUAUAUACGGGUAAAUACUCGCCACCACGUACAUUAUAUAAACUUUUUAACAUAUGUAAACAGGACAACUGAUACAAAUGAAGACGUGUUAGCCUUUGAAUUAUCUAAUAAAAAAUAUCGGGAACAUA